UUCGAUUUGUCUAUUUUUUGUAGUAGAAUAUUUGUAUCUUUGAUUGAUUGAUGGGCAACCCUCAGCUAUCGUCUAAUAAUUUAUGAGUUGAUAAAAUCGAUCAAACUUACGUAGAUUAAUACAUAAGCAAAACCUGACGACGUCAUGAUAAUGGAUAAUAUAGUACAUUAAUUUAUUAGUUUUAUUACCUACAAUAAUCUCACCUAAUAUAUUGGCAUCCUUGAGGUGCGACAAAGUUAUUUAAAAUACAACGAACGCAAGCAACAGGCAAGAGCGGGAUUCUCGAAUAUUUUUAUUUUAUUAGAUUAGGUUUAAAAUGUACAAAGUAAUAGUUUUAUUUCUCACUGCAUGGUUAUCUGUGACCGUCGGUGAAGACAACAGUGAUCUCUUUGAAUUAAACAUAGUGCAUUUCAACGACUUCCAUGCUCACUUCGACCAAGUGAGCCCUAACGGGGGCCCGUGCGAGUCCGGCGAGACUUGCAUCGGAGGGUUCGCCCGCCUAUUCACGGCAGUCAAGGAGGCGGUGGAGGCUGAACCAGACUCCCUGGUGCUGAACGGAGGCGACACCUUCCAGGGGACCAUCUGGUACAACUUCCUGCGAUGGGACGUCAGCCAACACUUCAUGAAUAUGCUGCCUCAUGAUGCUCAUGUGCUGGGAAACCACGAGUUUGACCACGACAUCGACGGGCUAGUGCCCUACUUAAAAGCACUCAACGCUCCGAUGUUGGCAGCCAACGUGAACUCAACCCUAGAGCCGAGGAUGCAAGGUUUAUACCAGAACCACACCAUCGUCGUUCGUCAGGGAAGAAGAAUAGGCAUUAUUGGAGUGCUUUUGAAAGAUUUUUCAGCUCCAAUUGGCAACAUAAUAAUGGAGGAUGAAGUGACAGCCGUGAACAGGGAAGCGGCCAUCUUGACUGCGCAAGGGGUUGACAUUAUCAUCGUACUUUCCCACUGCGGCUAUGAUAGUGACCAGCGCAUGGCGGCCCGUGUGGUCCCGGAAGUGGACAUCAUAGUGGGCGCGCACUCCCACUCGCUGCUCUACAACGGGGAGGCUCCCAGUGGAGAUAAUGCGAUUGGAGCUUACCCUACUGUGGUCACGCAGAGUAGUGGGCAUCGGAUCCCAAUCGUGCAAGCGUCGUGCUACACUCGCUACCUGGGCAACAUCAAGUUCUACAUCGACUCAGCCGGGGUCGUGCAGAGUUGGAGCGGCCUGCCCAUCUUCUUGGGCACUACUAUUGUUAGAGACCCAACAAUCGAAGCCCUCCUGGAACCCUGGCGCCAGCAAGUGGACGCCGUGGGCAAGGAGGUGCUGGGCCGCUCGCGCGUGUCGCUGAACCGCUCGUGGUGCACGCAGCGGGAGUGCAACAUGGGCAGCUGGGCCGCCGACGGGUUCCUGCAUCAGCUGAUGCCGCGCGCGGCGCCGGGCAGCUGGGGCUAUGCGCACGUGUGCCUCAUCAACGCGGGCGGCCUGCGCGUGCAGAUCAACCCGGGAAACGUAACAACAGGAUCUCUGCUAAUGGCGAUGCCGUUCGAGAACAUGGUGCAAGUGUACUCCCUGCGCGGGGAACACCUGCUGGAGGCGCUGGAGUUCUCCGUGGGCACCUACCAGGAGCCCGGGAGCGGGUUCCGCAGCCAGCGGAUGUUGCAGGUCGCAGGUUUGCGGAUGACAGUGAACGCGUCAGCGCCGGUCAACGCCCGGAUCACCGAGACUCUCAUCCGGUGCAUCGAUUGCGACGUGCCGCGCUACGAGCCGCUACAACCGGACCGGGUGUACCGGGUCGUCUCGCAGGAUUAUAUCGGAGACGGCGGCGGCGGGUUUACGAUGCUGUCAGAGCACCGUCAGGACAUGGAGUACAUAGAGCUGGACUACGUGAUGCUGCAAGACUACAUGCGGCAACAGGGCACCGUCAUGCAAGACCUGGAUGGAAGGAUCAAGAUCGUUUACUAAAAAAUAUUGCCGUGUUUUGAACUUUGUGCCAUUGUGUUAAGGUUGUGUUUGUCUUUUAUUAUGUCCUCGACAACCAAUUCGGGGUUGACGUCGUGGUCUCAUGUUUAUAAGCUUGUCAAAAAACAAAUGAAUGAUGAAAAUACCUACUGCUGUUUGUAUAAAAAAGGGAUGAGCAAAAACUGUAAAUAUUUAUUUUUAUUUUUAAGUUAUUAAAUACACAUGUAAAUAAAUAAGAUUAUUAAUCA